UUUAGACACUAUUUAAAGCAUUGUUUGUUGUCAUUUUAGCUAAAUUGCCUUUCCAACCAAGCAGUACUUGGCUAUAUUUUAAUCUAUUUCCACAUCACGCCCCUCAAAAUAGCCUAUCGUUGCGUGCGGCGCUCAGUUACUUCGUUUCCCAUGAUCCUCCUUGAGUUCUAUACCCCUCCCUUCUGAAAGCUAGUUGAUCGCGUCACAGCAAGGGUGAAGGAGCGUGUGGGGCUUCAGGUAUUUUCUUCUUCAAACUCGUGGGAUUGUCGACCUGUGGAAGGGAGGAAGACAGGCUACAGGAAAGUGUGAGCCGGAUGCAUGGUGAUUUUCACAUCGCUUGCAUGUAGAGCUGGGCUAACAUUGACGUACUGGAAUGGUGGCCGUUCGUAGCUGGAUUGUGUACAGGAUAGACAACAGUUAGCCAAACUCAAGGAGGAGGGGUCAUCGAAGAAUUGGCUGUCAGAGGGUCGACAGAAGUUUUCCACGAAGAAGAUAUAAACCCUGCGAUCAUUCGUUGGCUUUACGGAAUAUCGAUUUAGCAGGCUGUCAGUUCGUGGUAGCUGUGCAGUGGAUCCUGUCAAAUCACGACAAAAUGUUUGUUUUUGGUUUACUGAAGAAAGUCCUAAUCUACAGUAAUAGCACGUAUGGUCGUAAGGCAACAACCGCUUCAGGCAUGGGUAACGGUGUGCAGGAACACCAGCAGGCACUGACGCAGGGCGAAGUGCUACCCAGCCCACCUGCUAGCCAAUCAGAGGGCUACAGGCAGGGUCUCUCGGUGGUGAAUUCCUUGGCCUCGGGAGCCUUAGCUGGUGCUGUUGCCAAAACUGCCGUCGCUCCUCUUGAUCGAACCAAGAUCAUGUUCCAAGUGUCUUCAAACCGCUUCUCUGCUAAGGAGGCCUACAAGUUCAUCUACAGGACCUACCAGACACAAGGCUUCUUCAGCCUCUGGAGGGGGAACUCUGCCACCAUGGUUCGCGUGGUGCCCUAUGCCGCCAUCCAGUUCUGCGCUCACGAGCAGUACAAGGGCAUCCUGGGCAGCUACUACGGCUUCCAGGGAAAGUCUCUGACUCCUAUUCCUCGCCUGGUGGCGGGAUCCUUGGCUGGCAUGACUGCGUCCAUGAUAACCUACCCUCUGGACUUGGUGCGUGCCAGGAUGGCCGUCACCCCCAAGGAAAUGUAUGGCAACAUCAGUGACGUUUUCGUACGGAUCUGGCGGGAGGAGGGUCCCAAGACACUGUACCGCGGAUUUACGCCCACCAUUCUGGGCGUGGUGCCCUACGCCGGCCUCAGCUUUUUCACCUACGAGACGCUGAAGAAGCUGCAUGCAGAAAAGAGCGGCAGGACCAAACCGCACACAUACGAGCGGCUGGCAUUCGGGGCGUGCGCCGGCCUCAUCGCCCAGUCAGCAUCGUACCCCCUGGAUGUGGUGCGUCGCCGCAUGCAGACGGCGGGGGUGACUGGACACUCCUACAGCACCAUUUUGGGCACCAUGCACCAGAUCGUGACUGAGGAAGGACUGGUGCGCGGCCUUUACAAAGGCCUCAGCAUGAACUGGGUCAAAGGGCCGCUCGCUGUCGGCAUCAGCUUCACCACCUUUGACCUCACGCAGAUCCUGCUGCGCAAGCUGCAGCGGCGCGGUUACUUUCGGUAGCCAGCACGGGUGUUUAAGUUAUUUCGGGUGUCUAAGCCCCCUAUAGGGUUAGGGUAUAUUACAACGUUGGAAAAAAAAAAAAACUUGAGACGAUGUUUUUAUUUUCCAUUUGCACAAGUACAGGCACAUCUUCUGUCCUUUGAGACAUACGGAUACUUAUAGAGCAAAGCUUGCAGGGUCAGGCCAUUUAUCCAGCACCCCAGGAACAUUUUGGGGGGGGGGAGUUAAGGGCCUUGCUCAAGGGCCCAAUGGAGAUGUGACUACUCUGCAGAGGACAGCAAUUGAACUGGCGACCUUCCGAUCACGGGCACAGGAGCCUAACCCACUGAAAAGCCACCCCCCCCCCCCCUUUAACGGGCCAGAAGGAGCGAGAAGGGAUAGGAAGCUCGUGAUUGGCUGCUGAACCUCUAUUUUAAUGUUUGCACUUUCUCGCACACGCGUAAGCACAUGCGGGGUAUUGUAUACAAGCGCCCUGUUCAUAUGCGGAGUAUUGUCCUUGGUGUACUUGCUGUGUGUGUGUGAGAGAGUGUUUUCUCUAUUGAUGUGCAUUAAAAGCAUCGGUGAGGUGAAACAGCGAUGUGGCUGAAGAGGGACAGUGAGGGUUACCUACAUAAGGGAAAAGGUCUUCAGAUUUGCGUCGUUACAUAGUUGAGCUGUUACAUAACUGAGCUGCAUAUAUUGGCACUAAACUUAUUCUAAUCAAUGCGUGAUUAAAAACUCUAAAACCCAGAUAUAUAUAUAUACUCCCGUUGAUUAGAGUAUAUGGAGUACUUCUGUGAAAUAUUCUUCAAAUACUGAGUAUUAGUCAUUUUUAUGUUUUCAAAAGCGCCAUUAUCAUCCUUACACAGUGAAUGUUUAGCGCUGCAGUAUUGUAAUGGUUUGGUAGAGACCUCACACCGUGUGUGCAGUACUGCCAACCGGCAAAGAGAGUGGGGGUGACAUACUGGGAUCCAUCUCCAUGGACGGCCCCCCAGUGCUCUUUCCAGCUGUUCUACCCCUGGCUUAACCUCUAUAUUACAGUAUCAUGCUUUAAUGGCUCCUGGCCAGCUGUCGCCUUGCAGCCACUUCUGAUUCUCAAGUGCCUAAGCGAGCAGUGGUGCAGUGGAGCAGUGGUGCAGUGGACGUCCCCAUUGCAGUCCAAUGUCCAGCUCCUGUUCUCUGCUGAUGUCCACGCUCUCGUUCAACUCUGUAUUUUCUGUGUACUUCAAGUAUUAUAGGACAUAAUUUUCUGUUGUUCACAUUUUGCAUGUCAGACUGUGUUUCCCCUGCCUUCAGACGAGGAACGCUAAGAGUUGCAUUGUUUGACAUAAAGCCAAUUGCGGUCGCGGGCUUUAUGUGUGUCUGUACGGAAAGCACAAACCCAGCUCGUCCCCAAAUGUCUGUGUUGCCCUUUUAGAAUUCAGGCUGAAAGACAAUCUGUAUAUGCCAAAGCUCAAGUCUUCUGAAUGCAUAAACACACAAGUAUUGGUUUAUUUUUGUUUAACUUUUAUAAUUUACAAUGGUUUACCCAAAGUACAACUGAUGGUUCUUCAGACUGGGAUUUAUAUAUGAAACGAUGUUUCUGAUUUUCUGUGUGGUAUACAAGACCAUUGUGUAUACUUGGUAUUAGAAUAUUUUACUGAAAAUGAUAUGGUGGGUGCAUGUUUUGGAAAAGUCUCCCAAAUACACUUAAGGACUGGAACCAGAAUGCAAAUAAUUGUGGCCUUCUUACCAGUGGAUUGAGCUGUUACAUUCAGUAAUGGCUCAAGGACUGUCUGCAAGUAGAUUUAGGUAGAUUUAACUGGUACUGUUGAUAUGUCCAGUGUGCAAUACUUGAAGAGUAUUACGCAAUUGAAAUGCAAUGUGUGUGUCAUUAAUGAACAAAAAGCAUUUGGCUUUCAUUUCCUAAUAUGAUUCAUUUUGACUUCUAAUUGUUGCGAUAUGCAGAUUUUUGAUGUUUCUGUAAAUUUUAAUUAUUUGUGCCAAGAGAAUGUAUAUUAAAAUGAUUUAUAUAUUAUGUAAAGCUCAUAAUAUGGUCAUAUGCUGAUUAAGUAAAGACCUAUGUUGAGAUCCCUAA